ACAUACAGUUACGCAGAAAGGCAUUCUACAAGGGCAAUGCAUGUAUGGUCCAUCCACGCAUCCAGGAAGUUCAGGAAGUCUAGGAAGUCCUCGACCCGGUGAACCCAGCCAAGAACGAACACCUACCUGUAGCUCAAUGCAUGAACGCAGAUGUAACAAAGUCCAGGCGCUAAAUUUUUGGCAGGCCGGCAGCGCCGGACCACAGCCCAACAGUCGUACACCUAACAUGGAGCACAACCCAGCCCAAGUAAGCUCAGCCGCCCACAGACCACCAGCACUUAUUACUGGAAUUCACCACUAGCCCACGUACCCCGUAGCGCUUUAGCACUUCUAAGAGUCGCGAGAGGAAGGUACGGAUGCCGCGUGCCUGUGCAAGCUGGGUCAGUCGCUGGGCAACUCGAAAUCAGGUUACAUGGCUGAGCGCGGCGCAGUCUGAGUCCGGCGCGCAAGCGGCCUGCGUGCCGAAGGAGAACAUGGGCUGCGCCAGCACACAAGUGGGCACCGGCAAGUUCCCAAUCCAGCGCCGCCAGCAGGUCGCAUCCGAGUGCCCUCAAAAAAACAAACAGACGCCGUCGGAGCAAUGUCGUAUCCAACAGCAGCCGUCAGGGCCCAGCAGCGCCGCUACCGCCUUGCAACGCGCCGCCAUGAAGGGCCGAGGUUCAGCCGCACUGCGCAACGGCGGCUCCUGGGCUGUCGACCCGCCGGCGCCGCGCCCAGCGGCCAGCAGCAUCGCAUUCUUGAUUGAGGAUGGUGCAGGCGGUGUGAACGAGGAAAGCUAUCAAGCACUAGUGCAGCAGGCAGCAGGCCAACCAGCAGACAGCAAGGAAAACCUCUCAACACCCCUGCCGCUGCAGCCGACUGCCUGCUACGCCAUGCUCGUCAGCACAGGUCGCUAAACAGACAACACCAGCCUUCGGACGCAAGACCGGCGGGUUACUAUGUGCAUAUGUGGUGCGUGGGAAUGUGACAGGCCGUGAUGGGAAGGCGUGGUGUGCGUGUGCGUAGAGGGGGCGGUCAUGCUGUUACUGUUACUUACUUAGCACGCAUACAGCACUGGCAGGUUGAGUAUGUGUGUGUGCUGGGGGCACUACAUACGUGCAGCGCGUGGAUGGGAGUGUGACGGGUCGUGAGCGGUGUGAAAAAGAUGUUGGGACCCAACGUGUGCAGCUUGCGCUUUCGUGGCCGUCAGGCACAGCAGCACUGUGCAUUGCGUUUUGGGUGCGUGUCGUACGGGCGGUCGUGCGGAUAAAGGGGCGAGAGUAGCUUGCACCCACUGUCUCUCAGCCUGAUCCUAGGCCUUUACUGAAGCAGUUAGCCUUUGACCAGCAUACAAGAGACCCGUCCACGUGACGUUAAAACGUGACAGAAGGACUGACUGGACUGACCGGUGUAGAUAGGCAUACUGUAGAUCUGUAGACCGCACUGCUCGAAUCCUGGACAACUGCCACUCGGGGAAAGCCCACCGUCCGAACCCGGUCCAAACCUGCUGAUCCGUCCGAACGUAACCUGGUUCAAAGAUCUUCGUCCGAAGCUGGUCCGCGAUGCGCGAACAGGGACUGCACGAGCGCGCGCUGCAGGGGGAGGCCAGGCGACAGGCCCGUGUUAGGUGCUGCGGCGGUAGCGGCUGGCAAUUUGCGUACGUCGUGGCCGUUUGAUGUGCGCGCUGCGGACUGAACUGCACAAUUCAUUCCGUAUCUAUGUCCACCGCCAUGAUUAGCGUACCGCUUAUGCAAGCUACGCACUUCCCGUCUGGUGUAUGGUCUUGCAGACAAUUCUUAUCUUUAAGCUAUGCUUACGCGCGUGUGCUGGAGUGCGUGUGCGGAAGACGAAGUUGGCAUGUCUAGCAGGCAGCCAGGAAAGUGGGUGAGCGGCAGAACGGGAACCAACAUGCAAGUCACCUCAACACUUUGACGAUAACCGACGGUAGUUCCGGACGCCCCGACAUUAAGCUGGCACAAUAGCUGUGUGCUUGGCUGUGUGUCACGACCAUCUGCCGGUUUGUGCCUAGCUCGUCACUGGUCUGCUCUUCCGUUACUAGAUCAGGCUGAAGGGAGCCGCGUAACACACCAUGUCGCCGGGCGGACGGGCCCUGGCUUCGGCUGUUCUGCAGCCGCACCAUCUAAGUGCGAGGGAGCCGUGCAGCACGCCCGCGAGCUGAGAGCGGGCAGCUCUGUUCUCCGCCCAAGGUUCCGUCUGAUAGAUGCAGUAGACUGGCAGAGCGUGGGCCGACUACUGUAAGUGAUGCUGCUAUGCGCCUGCGCGCCUAGACUUGGCAAGCAAGCUCUUCGAAGACGCCAGAGCGACUCACGGACUGUUCCACCAGAGAUCGUUACAGUAUGUCGUCUGUAAGUGUGUUGGGUC